AGUCAUUUUCUCCAGCCUCUCCCUCUCAUCACUGCUGCACUAUCUCCGUGCCUUAGUCUGACCUUCCACAGGAACCAUGCAAGCUUUUGUUUCCAGGUUGUAUCUGGCUCCUGUGAAGGAUGAUGAAGCAGAAUCUCAGAGGAAAGCAAAGUCCCGCCAUGCCAGGCAAACUCGCAGGUCAACACAGGGUGUGACUCUCACAGACCUGAAAGAGGCUCAGAUGAGCUACAGCCUGUCUCAUCAAGACAGAGAGAAAGAGGAAGAAAGCACUCAAGGAAACAGGCUGUGUCUGAGAAGAGGCUUUGCAGAUGACACAGGAGAUCAGACUGGCCUGACUGAGUCCAAAGAAACGUCUGAGUUUACUCUGAAGUGGACCCAAACAGACAAGGAGGGGAACAUUGAGAACAGGUUAGAGACUGUUGCAGAAUCUCCAAACCUGUCAAAUCUGUCUGCAUCUGGAUACCAUGGUUUCCCUCAAAGCAAUUGCUUCUUCAGAGUUGGUGAAACAACGUGGAGAGAUGAAAACCAGAAUCCAGUUGAAGACGCAGCACAGCUCACAUUUUCUACGGAGCUCCAGCAAAGAUACCUCUGCUGUGAUGCCGAGGCCACAGAGCAUGAAAGACUGUCGAGAUACGAUUCCACUGGAGAAAGUGCCACAGACAAACCUAUGGGGCGCACCAGUUCUUACACGAGGAGAGAGACGAGGCUGGCGGCUCUGAAUAAACAAGAGCAAGACUCCGCUGCCAAAGACUAUAAGAAGAUGUACACAGAAGCUUUGCAAGAAAAUGAAAGGCUCAAGUCCAGACUUCAGGACAGCAAACAAGAGUUGGUGAAGAUUCGCUCCCAACUGGAGAAAGUUGCUCAGAGGCAGGACAGAAUGACAGAGCGAUCCACCGUUCUUGAAACGGAGAAAACGGAAAAACAAGCACUUGACAAAAGAGUCACAGACAUGGAGGAGGAAAUAAAGCAGACACCCCCACUGCGCUUCCGCUGUGGGUACCAGCCCUGAGAAGGGCCUUUCUCAGGGAGGGGGUAUGGUCUUAACCGAACUCAAGUCAGACAACCAGAGGCUAAAGGAUGAGAACGGAGCUCUCAUUCGAGUAAUCAGCAAACUGUCAAAGUGAAAAGAUGUCUGAACCUUUUGUUCUCAUGCUCCAACCUUGAUUCAGCAGUUUAAUUAUUCACAAGGUUCCAUGUUUUACCUCCUCUAUGAGUUAUUGAUAGGCCAUCUUUGAAGCUCUUAUAGGCAUAGAUCUUGAGCAGUCACUUCAGUUUUCUCACCUUGUAAUUAUUUUCUUAUAUUACAUAGUAUAUACUGUAUUAUUUAUAGUAUAUAGUACUUUUCACAUCCACAAACAAGAGAACAUGUGUACUAGUAUUUGGACUGCAGUGUCUCUGAAAACAUAGAAAUACCUUUGAAGUUUUCCCAUCCUGUGUGAUAUCACACUGAUGUUUCAUUUUUGUUUAUAUUCUUUGCAGCACAUGGUUUUAAUAAUGCUUAAAUAGUCUAUAAGAUUUGAUCAUUUUACUGGAACAUACCAAUGGACUUGAGAAUACAUUCUUUCUAUUUUCUCCCCGAUUGUGUGGUUUUUUUCUCAAAAAUAAGAGUGAUGCCUGAAAGAUGAAACUUUGUGGUUAGGUUCUGGUUGAUAUUUUUGAUGCAUCAUCCAGAUGAAGGACAGUUCAGUGGCCUACAAAUGUUUAAUUUACAUUUAUAUCUUCGUCAAAAAAAAAAAAAUCUUACGAGUCACAAAAAUAUUUUGUUUUCACCAGAAUACACAAACACCCCUGAAUCAGUUAUGCUUAUUACAAUCCAUAUAAAAUAUUGAAAAACUAAAGACUAAGGAGGUAUUUCUGUAAAUAAAGAAGAAAGACUGAUUUAAAUGUAUUUAUUAAUAAAAAUAUAUAUAUAUUAUUUGUACUCUGUGUUCACAUUUUAUGCUUUGAAGGAGCACAUUUUUGUUUGGAUUGGGCUGCAGAGGACGGGGUUGAUGUGAUGGCUGUCCUUGUUUGAAAUAAUAAAAAAUGAAUUUUAAAACCAUGACAUUCAAAAACCAAAAUCAAACUCAUUGCCCAAUAAAAUCUUUCUGAAUUGCCAAAGCAACUGUUUAAUUUUUUAAUCUGAAGCUUUUUUUAUUUUUUAUCAGAAUUGUCACAUCUUUAACUGUAAGUUACCAGAUUGUCUAUAGCAGGGGUUUCAAGUUUGCAAUAGAAAUUCACAACAUUUAUACUAAAUUGGACUGCUCUGUAACCGACCUUCACAGGAAAUAAAAACCUUGCAAAGCUAUUUGCUUGUGUAAUAUCUCUGAAGGCCAUAUUGACUGAAGUUGUUUUUUUAAAAGUUUACGCACACA